AUGCCCCUGGGGAGGGACACAGCGUCACCUUACUGCGGCCGAUACCCCUGGGGAGGGACACACCGUCACCUUACUGCGGCCGAUACCCCUGGGGAGGGACACACCGUCACCUUACUGCGGCCGAUGCCCCUGGGGAGGGACACACCGUCACCUACUGAUGCCCCUGGGGAGGGACACAGCGUCACCUUACUGCGGCCGAUGCCCUGGGGAGGGACACACUGUCACCUGACUGCGGCCGAUGCCCCUGGGGAGGGACACACCGUCACCUUACUGCGGCCGAUACCCCUGGGGAGGGACACACCGUCACCUUACUGCGGCCGAUUGCCCCUGGGGAGGGACACAGCGUCACCUUACUGA